CUGGCGGCACUGGUGGGUUGCACUGCUGGGCACUGGUGGGCACUGCUGGGUGGCACUGCUGGGCACAGGUGGGUGGCACUGCUGGGCACUUGUGGGCGGAACUGGUGGGUGGCACUGCUAGGCACCAAUCAUCAGGGCAGUGAUCAUCAGUGCCCUGCUGAUCGAAGUCGAUCCCCGCUCUGACAACUGCUGGUUCUCGGCAGUACUUUCCUCAGGCUCUGACAGCGUGAGGAAAGUGCAGCUGAGAACCGGCAAUUGCAU